AUGGCAACAUCAAGGCUGGACCAGGCCACCCCUGACCCUAUCCUCUCUCAACCACCUACCAACGACGCCGCAGCGGGUGAGCAGCCUCAGAUCGUGGAGAAGCACGAGGAGGACCAUCCGACAGCUAGCCAUGCACUAGCUGAGGAGGCCAUCUCGACGGAAACAGAAGAACAAGGCGUCAGUCAGAUGGACCACGACCACACAGAGGUGAAGAAUCUGGGGUGGAACGAUGAAGGCAUACCAAAGCCUCUCGUGGGGGGCAUUGAAAAUGAGGAGCUGUGGACGCUGGUGCGACGAUUCAACAAGCAGAUAUUCCAUGUGAAAAGUAUCGAGGAACCACCCUUGGCCAACUUGGACAUGAACAUUGCAGACGGCGAGGAGUUCUCACCCGAGAAGCUGAGGGCGCAAUUGGAGAGGAUGUACAUGGUCGUCCUUGUCAGUCUACUUUCGUUCUGGAAGCAUAUUGUCCGCCUCAGAUCAUGGCGUGAGCAGAAGCGGACUUGGGCGUUCCUGGGCGUCUACGCUCUUGCCUGGUUGCUGGAUAUCCUGGUACCGACAAUCGUUGGGUUCUUGAUGGUUUUGAUUGUGUACCCACCAUCCCGAAGCUACUGUUUUCCACCAGCGCCGCCAUCUCUGAUCAACACAAACACAGGAGGCCUGCAGAAGCCGCCCGCCGGCGUUCUGGGUUCGGAUGACUCCAUGACUGGCGCUCCGGAAAAGCACGAAGGCGAAGCCGUGGAGCAAGAGGCGCACAGUUUCGUCACCAGUAUCUCUACUUUGGUGAUCAGCACCGCAGCAGGCAAACACCCACAAGGCGAUCCGGAGCACGACAAGAGCAACAAUGCCCCCGACCCGACCGAGAUUACGGCUGAUGUCGCGCACGCGAGGGACAAGUCCAAUGGCGAUGAAUCGACUCACGAGCACGACCGCACAAAGGAACCUGUGUCGAGCGCCGUUUGGAGCCAGGCAAGGCCAGUGAUGCAUGCCAUGGCAGACUUUGUCGACACGUGGGAGCGCUUUGGCAAUGCUCUAAACGCAACUCCCCCAUUCCCUCGUCAGAGGCCGCGUCUGACCCUUGCCGCGUGCCUGCUACCCAUGCUCGUCGGAUCGUACUUUACAACGUCGUACAUGCUCCUCAAGGGGAUGGGCUUCGCUGUUGGGUUCGGAUUCUUCGGUGAUCCGAUCAUGACACCCGCCAUCCGAUUCUUACACGACAAGGUUCCUAACUGGUCGAAGUACUUGGAACUGCGCCACACAGUUCUGCGCGGCAUCCCGACCAAUGUUCAGCUCGUCGUCACGCUUUUGCGUAUCGGCGAGAAGAACCAAGCUCCGAUCCCGCCUCCUCCCGCGUCCGAUGUGCCUCCUCCUGUCGAGGCUCAUCCAACCGCUGGGCAGGAUCUCGAUCAUCUAGCUGUCACCGAAGAGGAGUUGGAUCACGCCGUGAAACCAAGCGAGAAUCCACCCGAGGAGGACGCCAACGAGGGUGCCGUCGCCGGUGCCGAUGCCUACGACGACUUGGGCAAGCAAAAACCCAAAAAGGGGCGUCGAAUCUUGAACCUCCUCAAGGGUACUGCCAAGGGCGGCAUCCAAACAGCCCUGACAGCGGACAAGGCGAAAGCCAAGGUGGGCGCCAAACACGCCAAGAAUCGUCUUGGUGCUGUCAAGGGCUCCAACUCGUGGCCUCCCAGGGGCCCAGUCACCUUCCCUGCGCGGUGCAGAGGUAAGAAGGGACAUGCGUACAUCACAUCAAACGCGACAACGCCAGCUCUCAGCUGGACGGCGAGCAUCGACGACGUCAACCCAGCCUGGACGGUCGCCAUUGCCGACAUCUCAGACCUCAAGAAGAUUGGCGGUCUGGGCUGGAAGAGCAAGCUGAUGGUGGGUUGGGCCACGGGCAAGGAGAUUGUGGAUGGCAUGAUUAUCCGAACCAAGUCGGGUGAGGAAUUCCAACUGACGGCCGUCACGAUAAGAGACGACCUUUUCAACCGUAUUAUUGCCAUGGGGAGCCAAAUGUGGGAGGCAUGGUAA